GUCACGCAGAGCGGUCUGCAUGUCACGCGGCUCAGGCGGAGCCGCCUGGCCGGCAGGGGGCGCUGGAGGCGGCGCACCGGCGCCAUGGCGGAGCGAGACGGUAGGAACGCCGAGGGAGCUGCGCCAGUGCCGGCGGGACCGCAGGCCUCGGAGCUCUCCCGGGAGGAGAAGCUGCAGCUGCGGAAGGAGAAGAAGCAGCAGAAGAAGAAGAAGAGGAGCGAGAAGGGGUCGUCGGCAGAGCCCGCGGAGCUGGGCGCGCCCCCGGAACCGGGGCAGCCGCGGGCAGCAACUGCUCAGCCCCCAUCGCCCCCCACCUCGGCUGAUGGCCCCGGGGACGGAGAGAAACCCACGGGGGGCAAGAGCAAAGCGGAGCUGCGAGCAGAGCGCCGGGCUAAGCAAGAGGCUGAGCGGGCCCAGAAGCAGGCCAGGAAGGCAGAGCUGAGCCAGGCAGCCACGACGGCCAAGCCCAGGCAGAGCCCCACGGAGCCCCAGUCCAUGGUAAAGCGGCUGCCAGAGCAUGUGCAAGUGGAUGACCCCAGUGCCCAGAGGAAAUUGGCCAAGAAGCUGGAGCGGCAGCAGGUACCUCUGAGGCAGGACUAUGGCACCAAGGUCAACCUGUUCUCCCACCUCCACCAGUACAGCCGGAAGAAGCCACUGACACAGCAGAUGAGCAUCCCCUCCACAGUGAUCCACCCAGCAGUGGUGCGCCUCGGCCUCCAGUACUCCCAGGGCAUCAUUAACGGCUCCAAUGCCCGCUGCAUCGCGCUGCUUGAGGUCUUCAAACAGCUGAUCCGGGAUUACUCCACUCCCCCCAAUGAGGAGCUGUCACGGGACUUGGUGGCCAAGCUGAAGCCACAUAUCAGUUUCCUGAACCAGUGCCGGCCACUUUCAGCCAGCAUGGGCAAUGCCAUCAAGUUCCUCAAGAAGGAGAUCUCAUGCUUGCCUGACACCCUCAGAGAGGAUGAGGCAAAGGAGAAGCUCCAGGACAUGAUUGACAAAUACCUGCGAGAGAAGAUUGUCCUGGCAGCUGAGGCCAUCUCAAGGUCUGCCUUUGAGAAGAUCAAUGACCAUGAUGUGAUACUGGUGUAUGGAUGCUCCUCCCUGGUGAACCGGACGCUGUGCGACGCCCAUGCGAAGAAGGGCGGCGCGUUCCGCGUGAUCGUGGUGGACAGCCGGCCGCGCCUGGAGGGGCGGGAGACGCUGCGCCGCCUGGUACGCAAGGGCAUCCACUGCACCUACGUCAUGAUCAAUGCCAUCUCCUACGUGUUGCCUGAGGUGUCCAAAGUACUGCUGGGGGCCCAUGCCCUCCUGGCCAACGGCUCUGUCAUGUCCCGGGUGGGGACCUCUCAGAUCGCGCUGGUCUCCAAGGCCUACAACGUGCCUGUCCUGGUCUGCUGUGAGACCUACAAGUUCUGCGAGCGGGUGCAGACAGAUUCUUUUGUCUCCAACGAGCUGGAUGACCCUGAUGACCUGAUUGUGCUCCGGAAGGGCCAGGCCCAGCUUGGGGGCUGGGCAGAGAACAAGUCCCUACGCCUUCUUAACCUGGUCUAUGAUGUGACACCCCCAGACCUGGUGGAUUUGGUAAUCACAGACUUGGGCAUGAUUCCCUGCACCUCAGUGCCUGUGGUCCUGCGCGUUAAGAAUGUGGAUCAGUAGUCGGGGCAGCUGCAUGGACACUAAUAAACCAGGCCUCCAGUA